AUGGUCCUUGCUCUUAAGCCCACGUUCAUAACAGUUCAGAGUUCAAAAGCUCCACCAUUAUUGUUCUCCGUAAUUCUUCAUGGAUUGUACAAUUUGUAUAGAAAUUUUAGUACUUUAGCUGGCAGUACUAUUUCAAAGAAUGCUCCAUUUAGUUAUAAGAAGAGAACCAAAUGCAAGAAGAACAUAGGCAAUGCUGAACCCAAAAUUAAAUGGACCGAGGAACAGAAAAAUAUAGUGACUGAUGUUCGCGGCGGAUUCUCCGUGUUUAUCACUGGUUCUGCUGGCACUGGAAAGACAGUUUUGCUUAAGCAUAUUAUCAAUAUUUUGAAAAGAGCUCAUGGUUCUUCUCGUGUUGCUGUCACUGCUUCCACUGGCAUUGCUGCUUGUGCUAUUAAAGGGCAGACACUUCAUUCUUUCGCUGGUUUCGGAAAUGGUAAUGGUGAUAUUGGAACAUUGCUAGAUAGGAUUGGAAGGAACGAGCGUGCUUUUAAGAGAUGGAAGAAGGUGAAGGUGUUAGUUAUAGAUGAAAUCAGUAUGAUUGAUGCGAAUAUGUUUGAAAAGCUUGAAUGCAUUGCUAGAAAUAUAAGGGGUUCGAAGGAGAUAUGGGGUGGAAUACAGCUUAUCGUCAGUGGGGAUUUCUUUCAGUUGCCGCCGGUUCUUGAUAAACACAAUUCGUCGGGCAAAGUGUUUGCAUUUGAAGCAGAUUGUUGGGGUGCAAGUUUUGAUUCACAAGUUGAAAUUACAGAGGUGUUUAGGCAGACAGAUGCUGAACUCAUCAGGUUACUGCAAAAGAUGAGGAAAGGAGUGAUUGAUUUAGAGGAUUUGAAGCUUUUAGAACAAUGUUGUUCCAGCGAGGAGCCAGACGUCUCAGUAGCAAGGCUUUAUCCGAGGAUAGAAGAUGUAAAUAGAAUUAACGAGGAGAGGAUAAAAAGCUUGGGUGAGAAACUAGUUGUGUAUAGAGCUGCUGAUGGGGGGCCUGACAUAAGCAAUUUUUCAAAGGUGAUAGAGCAGGGGAUGGCUAGUGAGCGACUCGAGCUUUGUAUAGGAGCGAGGGUGAUACUGAACAAGAACUUGAAAGUUUGGUGCAAGCUUUGUAAUGGCGCCACAGGUACUGUUACUGGAUUUUUCCGUUCACACGAGGAUGUUAAAGAUCUGUCUCCCGAUAACCUAUUGCCUAUAGUGAAAUUCGAUUCAGGUGUCGAAGAAGUGAUCAAACCACAAAAAUGGGAAUAUUUUUUUGAUAAUAAAUUAGUUGCUUGGAGAUAUCAGUUACCUCUAAGGUUAGCAUGGGCUUUAAGUAUACACAAAUCCCAGGGAAUGACGAUUGACCGCCUUCACACAGAUCUCUCCAGAAUAUUUUGCUGUGGAAUGGCCUACGUUGUACUUUCCCGUGUUAAGACGUUGAAAGGUCUUCAUUUGUCAGGUUUCAGUCCGUCGAUGAUUAGGGCAGAGCCGAAGGUUAUACAUUUUUAUAAACAGUUAGCAGUUGAACAGGGCAAAGAGGAUGAAGAUGUGAACUACAAAGAGUAA